GUGGCCUCCUGUCUUCCACUCGACAUGCCACUUGCCUCUCCGCCAUCGCUCUCCUCCACUGCCCCUGCUGCCACACCAGCGGCACCAGAUUCAAUAGCAGCGCAGGCAGCAGAGCCUCUUGCCUCGUGGCUGCUGCACGUGAAUGCAGUUCUCUCACCGCCCACACGCCAGCAGCAGCAGCAGCAUCUGGUGCAAGGGGAUCACACGAAGCAUGUCACCGGCACUGCAGCUGCUGCCGCGGCAGCGACUGUGGGAGUGGUGGCUGGAGGGCAACAGGAGGUGCAGCAGUCGGCAGGGCAGAGCGCCAAGGAUGGUGGAGGAGGGCCAACAGUGCCGACAGGGCCAGCGGCAGCGGCGGUGUCGGAGGCAGGGACAGGCUGCUCUGUUGAGGCGGGCGGCACGCUGGCGGUGAUGCAGAGGGCAGUGGCCGCCCACUGCUGGAGGGCUGCCACGUGUAGCGCUCUCAUUGGCCGCCCACGGCCCCGACCUUCCACCCUGGCACAGCUGGUGCAGACGGGCUCGCACACAGUAGGCACAACUGAUGCCGUUCUCGGGGAAGCCAAACAGCGACACGAGGCAGCUUCUGAGUGGCUGUCUUGCUUCAGCAAGGCACUCUCAUCUCAGUCACAGCUGUCAGAGCGCCAGGCCGCCCAGCGUCUGUCACAUCUGCGCGCGCUCAUCAGCCACGCCUCUGCCCUGCCUGUGGACCUGCGCCCAGAGAUCAAGACCCUGCGCCGCGCUGUGGCCCGCCUGGCAUCGCGCCUCAAGGCUGAUACCGCUGCAACUACUCCUCCUGCCACUCAAUCGCCUCCUCCCACCGCACCACCCACUGCAUCGCUGCUCACCGCACCCUCUCCCGCACGCACAGCGACGCCUCUGGCUGUAGCAAAAACUGUAGCGCCGUCAGGCAAAGCAGCUGCGACAGCACGUGGGGGAAUCGGCACCGCAGGUGCUGCCUCGGAACUGAAGGCGUCCGGGCUGAAAGGCUCUCGCAGUGCCAAGCGGAAGCUGGCAGCAGGCGGGGAAGGCAAGGCAGUGCGUGUGGCUGGCGCUGGUGCCACGGCCGCAGCCACCAAGGGCAAGAGGAGCCCUCGCGCCCUGCACGCAGCGGCCCUGCAAGGAGGCAGCUGCAUGGCCGUGCCUGCUUGUGCUACAACCUGCCCCCGUGGCCCGACUGUAACAUACGAGCCUGCCCCCGCCUCCUGCAUCGCCUCACCGCUUCUGCCUGCCUGCUCCUCCCUUCCUCAACCCACCGAUCCAUCCCGCAUGGCCUCUCGCCCUCUCUCCCCUUCACUCCCUGCCCCCCCGGCCACCUCCCCUGCUGCUGCUCCUCUGCCUGCACCGCUGGCAUCGCCAGAUGCCUGCCCGCCUGCCCCAGGGGGUGAGGCAGGGGCAGGCGUGAGAGUGAGUGGGAAGAGGAGCAGGUCCGUGAGGAAGAGGAGGAGAGAGGUAGGGGAGGGGAGUGGUGGGGGAGGCGGUGAGGUGAGGGCGGGAGACAGCAGCGAUGGCGAUGGCGAUGGGGAUGGGGAUGGGGAUGGGGAUGGGUGUGCUGGCAGUGCGGGAAGUGCUGGUGGGGUGCAGCGCAGCAAGGCAGCAGCAGAAGAACAAGCUGCUGUGCUGCUAUCAGCUGAGUUAGCCGCCGUCGCUGCAGCAGCAGCAAGCACAGCAGGAAGCAAUGGAGUAACCGCAACAGGAUCCACACGAACAACCACAGCAAGCAUACGAGCAACAGCAAGAGCGCCUCAAGAUGAUACACUCGCGAGCCGUGGAGACACAUCACAGGCCAGGGGGAAGAUGAGCCCUCGGCCACAUGAAAGCGCAACAGCAGGCCAGGGGAAGAUGAGCCCUCGGCCACAUGAAAGCGCAACAGCAGCGGCAGCAGAGGGUGUGACAGUUGGCAGUGCGUGGCAGCAUGGCAGAGCGAGUGAGAGUGAGAGUUUGGGGCGAGAGGGUGCAGCAGGUGGUGCAGAAGGUGGGAGCAGGGGAGGCGGGGUGGUGGAGGGAGGGGCGGGUGGAGGAAGGCGGUCGGUGCGCAGCACAGCAGGCCGGCACCCUGGCUUCGAUGGCUUCCUGCUGCUGCCCCGCAUCCGAUGA